GGAAUUUGUCUCAUCUUUCACAGCUAACAAGGAAUAAUCGCCCAAGAAUCAUCAUGCUAAUCCACUUCACCUCCGACCACUACGAGAAGGCACCACCCAACCCACUGCACCGCCCUCAACUCAGCAGCACAGAUGUUAUGAGAAUUCAAGAAUCCAUUUCCCAGUACUGUUCUUUGGCGCCUGCAAAUCAAAGCCUUCGAAAAGAUUAAGGAAAAAUUAUCCCUUUCCGAAUAUUUUGCAGUUCAGAAGGCGUAGCUCUCUGGGUGCCUGCAAAGCGAAAUCUUGGAAAAGAUUAAGAAAAAAGUUUAUCCCUUUGCAAUCCAAGCUCGGAAUGGGUACUUUGAGCUUUGGGUUUAGCAGUGUUCGUCUUUUUUCUGACUCCAAGGUUGCAGCUUUGGGUAGUUAUAAUUAUAAUUAUAAACCUCGAUAUCAGAAAGAUAAAAAAUUUUGCUUGGACGCAUUGAGAAUUGAGCACUGUGCAAAGCAAAGAAAAAGAGGUGUUUUUUCUGAGCUGAAAUCGGUGGCUAGUGCAGAUAGAGUAGUGGAGAGUGAUGGGGAUAUUGGUGUAGCAGUAGAAGAGGGUGAGAGCUAUGAUGCCAUUGUUAUAGGAUCAGGAAUUGGCGGUUUGGUGGCGGCGACGCAAUUGGCUGUGAAAGGAGCCAAGGUUUUGGUAUUGGAGAAGUAUGUGAUUCCAGGUGGGAGCUCUGGGUAUUACCAGAGAGAUGGUUACACAUUUGAUGUUGGAUCAUCUGUGAUGUUUGGAUUCAGUGAUAAGGGAAAUCUAAAUUUGAUUACUCAAGCAUUGGCAGCCGUAGGAUGUAAGAUAGAGGUGCUACCUGAUCCAACUACUGUUCAUUUCCACCUGCCCGAUGAUCUUUCAGUCCAAGUACACAGAGAAUAUAGUGACUUCGUUGCAGAGCUCGUGAAUAAAUUUCCACAUGAAAAGGAAGGAAUUCUCAAGUUCUAUGGUGAAUGCUGGAAGAUCUUCAAUGCCUUGAAUUCCUUGGAAUUGAAAUCGUUGGAGGAACCAAUUUACCUUUUCGGACAGUUUUUUAAAAAGCCCCUCGAGUGCUUGACUCUUGCUUAUUAUUUGCCCCAGAAUGCUGGCGACAUUGCUAGGAUGUUCAUAAAAGACGCCCAGUUGCUGUCCUUUAUAGAUGCAGAGUGCUUCAUUGUCAGCACCGUGAAUGCUUUACAAACACCAAUGAUCAAUGCAAGCAUGGUGCUAUGUGACCGACAUUUUGGUGGAAUCAACUAUCCCGUUGGUGGAGUAGGACAAAUUGCUAAGUCCUUAGCGCAGGGCUUGGUUAAUCAGGGUAGUAAAAUGCUAUACAGGGCAAAUGUAACCAAUAUUAUCAUUGACAGUGGCAAAGCUGUGGGAGUGAAGCUGUCGGAUGGGAGGAAGUUUUAUGCUAAAACCAUAAUAUCAAAUGCUACCAGAUGGGAUACUUUUGGGAAACUUUUGAAGGCUGAGAAUCUGCCAAAGGAAGAAGAAAAUUUCCAGAAGGCAUAUGUUAAAGCACCGUCUUUUCUUUCUAUUCACUUGGGGGUUAAGGCCGAGGUCCUACCACCAGACACAGAUUGCCACCAUUUUAUCCUUGAGGAUGAUUGGGCGAAUUUAGAAAAGCCUUAUGGAAGUAUAUUUUUGAGUAUUCCAACUGUUCUUGAUUCAUCGUUGGCACCAGAAGGACGUCAUAUUCUUCAUAUAUUUACAACUUCAAGCAUAGAGGACUGGGAGGGACUCUCACUAAAAGACUACAAUGCAAAGAAGGAGCUUGUGGCUGACGGAAUAAUAAGCAGACUUGAAAAGACACUAUUUCCAGGUCUCAAAUCUUCGAUUGUUUUUAAGGAGGUGGGGUCACCUAAGACACACAGACGAUACCUUGCUCGCGACAGUGGAACAUAUGGACCAAUGCCGCGCAGGACUCCAAAGGGUUUAUUGGGAAUGCCGUUUAACACAACUGCUAUAAAUGGACUGUAUUGUGUUGGGGAUAGUUGCUUUCCUGGUCAAGGUGUCAUAGCGGUGGCCUUUUCCGGAGUAAUGUGUGCUCAUCGUGUUGCUGCUGAUUUAGGAAUUGAGAGGAAAUCCCCUGUGCUGGACAGUGCUCUUCUUCGGCUACUUGGUUGGCUAAGAACAUUAGCUUGAUACAUCUGUAUGAGUAAAAGAAACAUUAAGCACGUGUAUUUAGUUUCUGCAACAAAUUUUACUACAGAAAGUUAUCAGUCCCUUUUUUCUUGAAAGUGGCAAUGAGAUCCUUGAGAUAUGGAGUUUUAGGAAAACUACUGAUGUCAUCAAUUAAACUUUUGCAAUUUUUGUCUGCAAUUAGCGGAUACUUUUAGUUU